GACGAGCAUGGAUUUCAUGCCACAUGUACAAAAUCCGCCUGAACAAGUGGGGUCUUCAAAAGUAUCUCAGGCAUCAGACUCCCGACUCCUUCAAACAUGGACGGCGGGCCCUAGGCAAGCAGGCGGAACAAUUCCUCGAUCGUGCACUGCCCGUUCAACAAAAGCGCCUGAGUAUCGUGUCCGUGGAAUGCGGCGGCACGGCAAUUACGUCGCCCAAGCCGAUGACACCACGCGUGCUGGCGUCCCCGGAGCAGUGGCGGUUGCCCGAAGAGUGCAUCUUCAUCGCUCACAAUUACUUGUUCGGAACAUUUGAAAGUCGCACUUGGACGCCACCGGCAAACACGGAACAUUCGUUGGUCUGGAUCCGUCAGGUCGCCAUCGGAUCCAAUUGUCUUAGCCGCAAUAUGACGGAUCUUGGGUUCUCCAUGCUCGAGCUUUGCUUCGCCAACUUUCGCGCACGGCUCACGGCUGCAGAACCCCAUCUGCUGUCAGAUAUUCUAAGCGCCCUUGCACAGCUUUCACGAUCGUCAGACGAACUCGUGGACGUUUUCGUCAACUAUGCGCUUGGCCUAUGUACCAUACUGUGUCCCAUAAACCAUCCUGUGCGGCAGCUCCUCUCAAAUCUCCACAAACAGGGCUGGACCAAGAUCAAGCCUCAUUUACAGAAUAUGCUCGCUGCCUAUUGGGAGACGGCACGACUGCAUGCCGACCCUCGGGAUCCGUACAUCGAUUUGCAAGAAGGCCACAUUACCUUCCUAGGAACAAUCGCGGGCUGGCUUCAUCCACAUCAUGCAGUGACUUCGAUACAAAAUAUCCUGCGGCGGCGGAAGUUACAAGGUCUCGUUGACCCUAUAACAGACCAGCAGAUACACUCUGACCUAGUCCUCAUGCUCUACCAUUCCGGCCAAUGCGAAGAGGCCAAAAGCUUAGCCCUCGAGAUGGUAGAAAGCAAGCCCAUCUAUCCUUCGGCCGUGACCAAUUCUCAUGCUAUUCUUGCCCAGGUGGCCGAAAAGGACGGCGAGAUUGACGAAGCCAUCGCAUGGGCCCGCAAGAACUUCACCUAUGCAAUGGCGACGUGGGGUCCCGGGUACCACCGCACUGCGCAGACCGUGUUGGAGCUGAUAUUGCUCCUCCGCAAGGCAGAGCAGAUUGACGAGGCUCGGCAGCUCGUCCAGAUAUUCGACGUUUCGUGGGAAGAGUUUUGCAAACAGCUAGAGAAGUCGGAGACAUUGAUGAGUCGCGGCAAGCGGUUCAAGGCGCGGCCCAGCCUGCUGUUCAUCAAGGGCUUCCAUGCCCGGUUUCAGCAGGCAUUCGACGAAAUGGAACAUGGCGAGAUGAUCAAUCGUACCGACGUAGGGUCUCAGACCCCAAGUCCCAACUCUAGCGCCUCGUUGUCAAGGAGUGGUUCGGAAUGAUGGCAUGUUGGGUAGGAAGAGAUGAAAGGUGCAAGGUGGUGAUUCAGGUACACCUCACUACCACUGAGGGAAAGACCCGACGUAUACAGAGACCUCGAAGAUAGGAGCAUCCAUAUGCCGACCUGGAUGUAUGCUUGCCCAUCGACCUGUCCGCGACAUCAUACGCUGGAAAAGAAAGUAGAACCGGCAAGACGAAAAAAUUAAAUCAAGUCAAAUAGGCAGGCAAUCAACCUGGGGUGGCAUGAUCAAUACGUGCAUGAUUCUUUUCAGAAAAGACUUCAGAGCUACACGCGUUGGAGAGACGUAUAUUUAUCAAUUACGAUCAUGAACUGCCCAGCAUUGACUGUAGAGUGCAUACAAUAAAACGAGGAGCUCGCG